AUGCUAGAGGCCCAUAUUCCUGAGCAGCGUUCCGCGACACGCGACAGGCGCCGAGUCGCGUCGAGUAUCUCGUCAAAUUAUUACGUGAAAAUAGCGGCAGCGAAUGAGAAAACUUCUGAGGACAAGGCUAUUGAUGCGAAUCUAAUUUGGUCUUACGAUGAUGAAUCAAAAUGGCCAGGCAAACUCUGCCAGUCAGGCGGCAAGCGGCAGUCUCCCAUCGACAUCAGGACAGAUCUCGCAGUACGAGACUUCACAAAGCAGUUUAUCAAGUAUGGUCCGCUCCGGUUCACAGGAUACCACAAGGUCCUCACCACCGGGAUCAAUAAUGGUCAUACUAUUCAAUUCAGCACAGAGGGCGAGGAUGCGAUGCACCCAAUGGUCUCAGGAGGUCCUCUCAAGAACCGAUACAGGCUGGAACAGCUGCACUUCCACUGGCUGUCAGAACACUCCGUCAAUGGUAUCAAAUUUCCAAUGGAGAUACAUUUCGUCCACGUGAGAGCAGAUCUUACGGUGAAUCAAGCGCUGCAUCGCAAAGAUGGGCUGGCCAUCGUCUCUGUUUUUGUAAACGUACAAAGUGAAUUGGAGGACAAUGAGCUUCAAAUGGGGGAAGUUAUGGAGUACAUCCCCAAGCUAAUGAGGACAGGAGCACGGCUCAGCGGAGUGCUUCUUGAUAUGUCGAAGCUGUUAGAUAUUGACAAGUCGUCAUACUACACAUACUCGGGGUCCCUGACAUCACCUGACUGCAAUGAGGCCGUUGUCUGGAUUAUCUUCACAACACCAAUAUUCUUGACGGAUACACAGCCAAGUGUGGUGAUUACAGCAAAGCCCUGUUUUGUAGAAAAGGCCCUUAAUCUUGUAAAUUGUAACGGUAUUAUUUGUGAUAGAUCGGCUAACGAGUAUACGGAUUACCUAAUGUACCGUUUAUUCGCCAAGAUAGGCAUAGGACGCCACAACUUCAGGAGCCUUCAGAAACAGAACCAGCAGGUCGUGUACAUGCCUGCGAAGACCAAGAUCAAAGUGCCACAGGUCGUAAAAUUCUUCGUAGACGUCGGUAAAGCGUUCUCCGACUUCUUCGUGCCUAUCUGGCACCUGGUAUUUUUGCACGGUCACGUGGUCAAGGCUCAAAAGACAUUGAACCUUUUGACCCUAAAAAAAAGAUGUCUUUGUAAGGAUUCAUAUUCUAAUGGCGGUUAUAGGCUCUGGCCUAAGUGCACUAGCGCAUUUCUUUUUUCUCGCUUCUUGAACGAGGACCCUCUGGAGAGAUACGGCGAGUGCUCUCGGAUGCUAGUGUACACGUUAGAAUCUGAACCAAGAGUUACAUCCAUAACAUUAGGCGGUUGA